AUGUCGCAAAAGAUCGCCAUUCUCUCCGUCUAUGACAAGACCGGGUUGGUCGAGUUUGCUCAACAACUUCACGCGUUGAACGUACGCUUGCUCGGUUCUGGUGGUACCGCUAAGCUUAUCCGCAAUGCUGGUAUCCCUAUUGGUGACGUCUCUGAUAUCACCAAGGCUCCCGAAAUGUUGGGUGGUCGUGUCAAGACCCUCCAUCCUGCUGUCCACGGUGGUAUCUUGGCCCGUAACAUUGAAAGCGAUGACAAGGAUUUGGCUGAACAACAAAUUGAAAAGAUCGACAUUGUUGUCUGCAACUUGUAUCCCUUCAAGGAAACCGUUGCCAAGGCUGAUGUUACUAUCCCCCAAGCUGUUGAGGAGAUCGAUAUCGGUGGUGUCACUCUUCUUCGUGCAGCUGCCAAGAACCAUGCCCGUGUUUCUAUUGUUUCCGAUCCCAAGGACUACAACAAGGUCAUUGAAGAGCUCAAGGCUGGUCAAGUCACCCAAGAAACCCGUAACACCCUUGCUUUGAAGGCCUUCAGUCACACUGCUGAUUAUGAUGAGGCUAUCUCCAACUAUUUCCGCAAGGAAUAUGCUCAAGGUGUCUCCAUGCUUCCUCUUCGUUAUGGUGCCAACCCCCAUCAAAAGCCUGCUCAGAUCUACGUCAAGGAAGGCAAGUUGCCCGUAACUCCUCUUUCUGGUUCUCCCGGUUACAUCAACUUUUUGGAUGCUCUCAACUCAUGGGCUCUUGUCAAGGAGCUUAAGGAAGCUACCGGUCUCCCUGCUGCUGCCUCUUUCAAGCACGUCUCCCCCGCUGGUGCUGCCAUUGGUGUCCCUCUUUCGGAUGUUGAAAAGAAGGUGUAUCAAGUGGAUGAUCUCAAGUUGCCUUUGACUCCUCUUGCUACUGCUUAUGCUCGUGCUCGUGGUGCUGAUCGUAUGUCAUCCUUUGGUGACUUUAUUGCUCUCUCCGACAAGGUUGAUCUUGCUACUGCAAAGAUCAUCUCCCGUGAAGUCUCGGAUGGUGUCAUUGCUCCUGAUUUCGAACCUGAAGCUCUUGAAGUCCUCAAGGCCAAGAAGGGUGGCAAGUAUGUUGUCCUUCAAAUGGAUCCCAACUAUGAACCCUCUGAGCAAGAAACCCGUCAAGUCUAUGGUCUUUACAUGGAACAAAAGCGUAACACUUACAAGAUUGACAAGUCAUUGUUCACCAACGUUGUUACCAAGAACAAGGAUCUUCCUGAGUCUGCUGUCAGAGAUUUGAUUGUUGCUACCAUUGCCUUAAAGUAUACUCAAUCCAACUCUGUUUGCUAUGCCAAGAAUGGUAUGGUCAUUGGUCUUGGUGCUGGUCAGCAAUCCCGUAUCCACUGCACUCGUCUUGCUGGUGAUAAGGCUGACAACUGGUGGUUGCGCCAUCAUCCCAAGGUUCUUGCUUUCGAUUUCAAAAAGACUGCCAAGCGUGCCGACAAGUCCAAUGCCAUUGAUUUGUAUGUGAUUGAUCAAAUUGGUGAGGGUGAAGAACGCAAGAUGUGGGAGGAGAACUUCAACACCUUGCCCGAGCCAUUGACUGCUGAAGAGCGUAAGGAAUGGAUGAAGGAGCUCAAGGAUACCGUUGUGUCAUCCGAUGCUUUCUUCCCCUUCUCGGACAAUGUUUUCCGUGCUUACCGCUCUGGUGUCAAGUACAUUGCCGCUGCUUCUGGUUCCGUCCAAGAUGAUGCUGUUAUUGCUGCCGCUGAUGCUAAUGAUAUGGUUCUUGUACAUACUUCCCUUCGUCUCUUCCAUCACUAA